GGCAGAGCAGAGGGUGGGCCGGGCCGGCCCAUGGCUGAGGCCUGGCGUCCAGAGCAAGGGGCAGACGCGGAGGCCACAGCUUGUCCCAGCGUUCUGGAGCUGGAGGAGCUCUUGCGGGCAGGGAAGGCCUCUUGCAGCCGUGUGGACGAAGUCUGGCCUAAUCUUUUCAUAGGAGAUGCAUCAGAAGCAGGUACACCGUGGUGACAAAGAGGCAGGAUGUGUGUGGGAAGAGAUGGGGCAAGAAGACAGGGCAGGCAAUCCCUGCCCUCCUGAGCUGGCCGCAGGCAGAUGGCCCCAGGAGGCACAAAGGAGCCGAGCCUGCACCAGCCCUGCCCCAGGGCCACGGCGAACAACCGCUUUGAGCUGUGGAAGCUGGGCAUCACCCACGUGCUGAAUGCCGCCCACGGGGGCCUCUACUGCCAGGGCGGCCCCGACUUCUACGGCAGCAGUGUGAGCUACCUGGGGGUGCCGGCCUACGACCUCCCCAACUUCGACAUCAGCACCUACUUCUCCUCCGCAGCAGACUUCAUCCACCAAGCACUCAGCACCCCCAGGGCCAAGGUCCUGGUGCACUGCGUGGUGGGCGUGAGCCGCUCCGCCACGCUGGUGCUGGCCUACCUCAUGCUGCGCCAGCGGCUGUCCCUGCGCCAGGCCGUGCUCACCGUGCGGGAGCGACGCUGGAUCUUCCCCAACCGCGGCUUCCUCCACCAGCUCCGCCAGCUGGACCAGCGGCUGCGGGGCGAGUGCCGCAGCUGA